AUGGAUGCCGCAGACGCAUUGACAUCGGCGCAACCGUUCGCGCAUCUCACACCUCGUAUACAACAUAUCUCUCAGAGCACGAUCAGGAAGAAGUGGAAGCCGCUGCCUCAAUCCUCGCAGGAUAGAGUUCGUGCAAUCCUGUUGUCCCUGAAAACGAAACGUGCCACAUCAGGCAGAAUACCAACCGUAGGCGCAAAAGGGAAGCCGAGGACGAAGAAGACGAAGAGCGAAGUCAGGGACCAGGACUAUGAACGCGCGGUGGAGGAAGUGACUCACAAGCUCCUGUCGCGCCUACCCCGAAUGCCUUUCCCUUCUAGGGCGUCUUCUACAUCAACGUCAUCAGCAACAGACGACCAGUUUUCCUUCGAAGCAACGUUGAACCGUAUCUCAUCCUUACAGGCCACACUCACCAUGCACCAGAGGUCGAGCCACCUGCUACGUAACCAGAUUAAACGUGAGCAGCGGGCUUUGAAACAUGACAAAGCGGAGCUCACAAGGCUUGAGGACGCCCUGAGGAGCAGUUGUGCGUUAAGAACAAAACAGGAGCGCGGUCUACAUCCUCUAGCGAGGCUCAUUGACCAACACGAGGACGAGGGUGACAACAGUGAUAGUCACGCAAGCCCCGACAACCACAUGACCGAAAGGGAGACCAAUGACGAGAUCAAUCGCAUUGCCGGUAUUCCCGCUCACUCUAUGCAGAGAGAUCCAACAGAGGGCCCCAUUUCUCUAGACCCGGGUCCAGAUUCACAUCCCGACCUCAAGUCCUUGCUCCAACAACUCCAGAACCACCUACAUAGCAUGGAGAACAAUACAGCAAGCAUUCGGCCUGUCCUGGCCGCCAUGACAGAGGCGCAAGUUGCGUUGGAUCACUUCGCCGCAGCGAGAUUUGACGAGCAGACUAUACGGAGGCUCCACGGCCUCGAUCCUUGA